UUGUUGUUUUAUUCUUUUACAUGAGACGUCGUUUGCUUUGCGUUCAUCCGUGGGAUAGUUUCGGAUAUGUAUCGUUAUUUUUCAGCUCACCACCGUCUCGCAUAAUUUCAUAGUUUACAAUAACACGCUCAAUGUUGCUAAAAUGAUGUGUUGUCAAGUGUGUGUGAGUUUUUACGGAACGUGCAUUCUAGAUUUAUUUUCGUCGUGCUACUGCAGUCGUUUGAUUGACGUUCGUUGAUAUUCAUACAUUUGACCAAAUAUGAAUCGCGUCUGUAGUGACCCACUUCAAAAAGUUGAGCAAUCGGUACUUGCACAUGAAGGCCUUGGAAAACGACACAUUUCGUUCAGUUUUGUACGAUCAUGUCAUCGUAUCUUGGAAAACCAGAGGUUGGAAGUACUGGAGAGCCUAGACAUGGAGCCGUCUCUGGAAGCAUCCUCACCAACGACGCAAGUCAAGUCUGCUGAGGCCUUGCUGGAGAACGCUGCCCGACUCAAAACUGAGGGCAACACUUUCUACAAAGAGAAGAACUUUCGUUCGGCCAUUGGCCGUUAUCACCGAGCACUAUUAGUUCUACGGUCUCUGGAUCCGAAUGUCCUGGCUUCAGUCAAAGGUUUCACGCCUGAUAGGCCAGUCCUGGAAUCUGAACAUGAAACACGUCUUCGAAACAUUCAGGUUGACUGCUACAAUAAUCUAGCAGCCUGUUUGCUGCAGAAGCAGGAGGUAGACUAUGUGCGUGUUCAGGAGUACAGUCUACGUGUGCUCCAGUGGAGACCUGAAGAUGCCAAAGCUCUGUACCGAGCAGGAGUGGCCACUCUGGAGGUGGGGGACGCGCAGGCGGCUAAACACUACCUCAUGCUAGCCAGCACGGUGCAGCCAAAUGAUGUCAAAGUCCUGAAGCACCUACAGAGGGCUGAGGAGAAGAUAAAUCGUGAGUUGCAAAAAGAGAAAGCCAUGUACAGAAGCAUGUUCUCCAGCUGAUGUGCACUGACGUUUGACUGAGACUUUGUUGAACUCGGACUGUCACCUUCAUUAGAAAUCUUCUCACAUUUUAAGAAUAAUUUUGUCCCUAAGUGCUGAUUUUGUAUAUUUUUUUAAAUAAAAAGUAUUUUUCAUCAUUUCAACCUCAGAUUUGUUUUCCUCAAAUCCCUAGUGAAGAAAGUACAUCAGACAAAGUUAUGUUAGAUGAGUUUUAUUCAUCAUCUGCCAUGAGAAGCUACAGGUGUCUCAACUCAUUUAUAAUAAAUCAUUACCAUUAAAAUCCUGAGCU